ACUGAUCAGGCUCCUUUCCAUGGCUUGUAGAGAUCAGAGUGCGUGCAUGCCGGCCCUAUAAGAGCCAGAGAUAGUGUGUGCACACAUGACCUAUGGGCAGAGAAGGUCAUUAUCGGCAGGAAGCAGGCCUCAGCUUGUGUGGGAGGACAGCGUUAUUCCAGCAGCCGGGACCACUGGGAAGGGAGAGAGGGAUGUCUGUGGGACUGGACCACUGGAGCCCUAAAGCUAUGGAGCAGCUUUUAAAUCUGGAUAAAGAUCUGACCAAUAUUACGUCUGAAGAUACAUAUGUGAGGGGCGAUGAGCAGAUCAUAGAGGACAUUCCCACCGAUAACCACCCAGAUGACUGUACCAGGAGCUCAGAGAAACAUGUGUUGUCAGCUUUUAGAACAGAUGAUUGUGGUGUCCCAGAAGAUAUACAUGAAGAGCAUGCCAUUAUCUCAGAUGUAUCCUCAGCCGUUACCAGCAAAAAUCUAUCAUCUGAUCCUUUAGAUGGAUUUCAAUCUUCUGAUUCAUCACAGACUGUUAUGCAAAAUAAACGCCACAGAAGAAGUGUUCAACAUCAAAGAAGUCAUAAAGGGGAUAAUGCUCUUACAUGUUCAAAAUGUGAGAAAUGUUAUAAAUAUAAAUCAGAUCUUAUUAGACAUCAGAUAACUCACACAGAGGACAAGCCAUUUUCAUGUUCAGAAUGUGAAAAACAUUUUAAAUCUAAAUCAUAUCUUGUUAUACAUCAGAGAAUUCACACAGGGGAGAAGCCAUUUUCAUGUUCAGAAUGUGGGAAAUGUUUUACUUAUAAAUCAACUCUUGUUAUACAUCAGAGAAAUCACACAGGGGAGAAGCCAUUUUCAUGUUCAGAAUGUGAAAAACAUUUUAAAUCUAAAUCACAUCUUGUUAUACAUCAGAGAAUUCACACAGGGGAGAAGCCAUUUUCAUAUUCAGAAUGUGGGAAAUGUAAUUCUAAAUCAGUUCUUACUAAACAUGAGAGAACUGACAAAGGGGAGAAGCCAUUUUCAUGUUCAGAAUGUGGGAAAUGUUUUCAGCAUAUAUCAAUUCUUCUUAACCAUCAGAGAAUUCACACAGGGGUGAAGGCAUUUUCAUGUUCAGAAUGUGGGAAAUCUUUUGCUUAUAAAUCAACUCUUGUUAGCCAUCAAAGAAUUCACACAGGGGAGAAGCCGUUUUCUUGUUUAGAAUGUAGGAAAUGUUUUACUGAAAAAUCAGCUCUUGCAAAACAUCAGAGAAGGCACACAGGGGAGAAGCCAUUUUCAUGUUCAGAAUGUGAGAAAUGUUUUCAGCAUAAAUCGGCUCUUGUUUACCAUCAAAGAGUUCACACAGGGGAGAAGCUAUUUUCAUGUGCAGAAUGUGGUAAAUGUUUUCAGCAUAAAUCAUUUCUUCUUUGCCAUCAGAGAAUUCACACAGGGGAGAAGCCAUUUUCAUGUUUAGAAUGUGGGAAAUGUUUUCAGCAGAAAUCGGUUCUUGUUAACCAUCAAAGAGUUCACACAGGGGAGAAGCCAUUUUCUUGUUUAGAAUGUGGGAAAUGUUUUACUGAUAAAUCAGCUCUUGCAAAACAUCAGAGAAGACACUCAGGGGAGAAGCCAUUUUCAUGUUCAGAAUGUGGGAAAUGUUUUGUAGAUAAAUCAAUUCUUCUUAACCAUCAGUUAAUUCACACAGGGGAGAAGCCAUUUUCAUGUUCAGAAUGUGAAAAAUAUUUUAACCGUAAAUCACAUCUUGUUAGACAUCAGAGAAUUCACACACGGGUGACGCCAUUUUCAUGUUCAGAAUGUGGGAAAUGUUUUCAGCAUAAAUCGCUUCUUCUUUCCCAUCAGAGAAUUCACACAGGAGAGAUGCCAUUUUCAUGUUCAGAAUGUGAGAAAUGUUUUAAGUAUAAAUCACUUCUCCUUUCCCAUCAUAGAACUCACACAGGGGAGAGGCCAUUUACUUGUUUAGAAUGUGGGAAAUCUUUCAUAACUAAAUCAAAUCUUGUUAAACAUCAGAGAAUUCACACUGGAAAGAAGCAAUUUUAAUGUUCAGAAUGUGGUAACUAGAGAUGAUCGAACUUUUAAAAAAUUCAAUGCUGCAGCUUGGUCAAAGUUCAACAAGAAAUUUUGGUUCGUUCCAAAUUAAUUUGUCACGAAUCAUUAUGUUAAAACCCCAUUCAGCUUAUCAGUCAAUAAGACCAUUUUUAACGGCCCUUUAGACCGAAGUGCACUCAUCUAACAGCCAUUAAAAAUGAUAAUACGCUUGUGCAAUAUGGCCUUUUGGAUUAAAACAAAUAAAUAAAUCACUCACUUCACAGGGGCUGUCAACUCCUCUCUUCAUUGAAAAAGACCUGCUGAAGGACCUGCGCUUAGCAUGAUGGCUUCACCAUGUGAUCAUGCUGGGAGAGCACAGUGACAUCAUCACACUGAGUGCAGGUCCUUCGACAGGUCUUUCUUAGCCAAGAGAGGAGCGGACUGCCUCUACGAAUUAGGAAAAAAUGAUUCGUAAUCAUGAAGCUGAAGGAAAUUCGGCUUCAGUUAAAAUCAAAUUUUUCCUAAAAUUCAGACUGAAUUCCACUUCAGAUGGUUCGCUUCGCUGAACACUAGUAAUGACCAUAAAGCAGAUCUUAUCACGCAUCAGUGAAUUCACACAGGGCCGAAGCCACUGUCAUGUUCGGGAUCUCAUCUGUAACUGCACAGCAGAGAGCUUAAAUUUUUCUAAUAAUUUUUCUAACAAGGGAUUUUUUUAAAUUUUUAUUUGUAAACUUCCAAGAGCUAUAAGUUUGAUUAACUUUAUGUAGCAGUAUGAGGGCUUGUUUUUUGCGUUAUAAGUUGUAGUUUUUAUGGUGCUAUUUUGUGGUACACAUGACCUUCUAAUUAACUUUUUUUUAACUUUUUCUGGGAGAAAGAUGGGGAAAAACAUCAAUACUGUUUUUACGCUAUAAAAUUUGCAGCUUUUAUUUUUGACAAAAUGACAUAAUAGCUUUAAUUCAUUAUUGGAUUAUAGUGAUGUCAAAUACAUCUUUUUUUUACGUUUUACUACUAUCGCACAAUAAAAACCUUUAUUUUUUUAAAGUAGAAAAUGUUUUUGCAUCGCCAAAUCCUUCUUUCCAGGGAGUUGUAUGAAGGCUUGAUUUUUGCGGGAUGACUUGUAGUUUUCAUUGGUUUCCUUUUGGGUUACACAUUGACUUGAAUGGGCCUGCAAUCCGUAAGAUAUAUCAAAAGAUAGGACAAGUCCUAUUUUUUGCAGAGCAGAGUGAUGGAUUGGAAGCCCAUGGAAACACUCAGAAGCUCGUCCAAGGGCUUUGGGGUCUGUGCCUCCACACCGUUAAAGACCGGACAUGUCCUAUCUUUUGAUGUAUUUUGCGGAUCUUGAAUGGGUCCAAACUGACUUCACACGGCCGCGACCCAUGUUUUACGGGCCGCAACCAUACGUUCAUGUGAAUGAGCCCUAAAAUCAGGACCUGAGCUCUAGAGUCCACUAAAUGUAAUGCACGCACUCUCAGGUCCUGAGUAAUUUUAAGUGAAGAACUGUGUGAAACAAAGUAAAUGACCCUGUGCUGUAAUCAGGCGAUCCGUCACAUGAUUCCCUUAGACUUUAUAUAACUGUUUCAAACAUGUUGUUAAUAAAUAUAAUAAAUAUCUGCA